GGGGCUGCUUGUAGGGGGAUGGAAAAAACUGAGGCUGAAAAAAAAAAAAAAUCAUGCUGCUGAAAUUUCAGCAAGAGGGGAAAAGAGAGAGCGCGUGAGAGAGAGACAGCAAAGCAGUCCCAGGCUUCCUCCUCUCUUUCACGUCAGAGGCAGGACCCGACUGUGCUAAGGCUGUUGGCUCAACACGCAGAGGAGACUGGCAGACCCAGGGAGAGUGAGAGAAGGGGGUCCUCCCUGACCCAAGGAAUUACCACUAGUGGAGUGAAGCCACCUGACUUUUUGAUCUUAUUUUGCUUGCCUCCUCAUUCUCCUUCCACCCGUAGCCCUGACAGCUUGGGUUUCAUUUCUUUCGUAGAUCCUUGUCUCUUCCUCCCAGAAAAGGAGGAAGGGAAGAGAAGGGAGAGAGGUGGGCUCCCUAGGUGAGCGCAUCAGCUGGCUCCAGCCUGAGCAGACAACAAUUUUCUUCCCAGGAAGCUCCUCUCGCUUCUCGGCCGCCCACCCCCAGCCUGGGUGGCUGUAUCAUUUUAACUGCAUAGAGGGAGGUCUCUUUUGGAGUUAGGAUUGAAAGAACGUGCAGCGAAGAGAAAACAUCGAAGACACCAUCACGAAAGAUUCGCACAACUCCAUGCUGUGUGCUGCAGGCUGGUCCUGAACCCAGAGCUCUGGCUGAGAGGAUGGGGGCAGAUGGGGAAACAGUGGUUCUGAAGAACAUGCUCAUUGGCGUCAACCUGAUCCUUCUGGGCUCCAUGCUCAAGCCUUCGGAGUGUCAGCUGGAGGUCACCACAGAAAGGGUGCAGAGACAGUCAAUGGAGGAGGAGGGGGGCAUUGCCAACUACAACACAUCCAGCAAAGAGCAGCCUGUGGUCUUCAACCAUGUGUACAGCAUUAACGUGCCCCUGGACAGCCUCUGCUCCUCGGGGCUGGAGGCCUCUGCUGAGCAGGAGGUGAGUGCAGAAGACGAGACUCUGGCAGAGUACACAGGCCAGACCUCAGACCACGAGAGCCAGGUCACCUUUACACACAGGAUCAACCUCCCCAAAAAGGUCUGCCCAUGUGCCAGUUCAGCCCAGGUGCUGCAGGAGCUGCUGAGCCGGAUCGAGAUGCUGGAGAGGGAGGUGUCGGUGCUGCGAGACCAGUGCAAUGCCAACUGCUGCCAAGAGAGUGCUGCCACAGGACAACUGGACUAUAUCCCUCACUGCAGUGGCCACGGCAACUUUAGCUUUGAGUCCUGUGGCUGCAUCUGCAACGAAGGCUGGUUUGGCAAGAACUGCUCGGAGCCCUACUGCCCGCUGGGUUGCUCCAGCCGGGGGGUGUGUGUGGAUGGCCAGUGCAUCUGUGACAGCGAGUACAGCGGGGAUGACUGCUCCGAACUGCGGUGUCCGACAGACUGCAGCUCCCGGGGGCUCUGCGUGGACGGGGAAUGUGUCUGUGAAGAGCCCUACACUGGCGAGGACUGCAGGGAACUGAGGUGUCCCGGGGACUGUUCGGGGAAGGGGAGAUGUGCCAACGGUACCUGUUUAUGCGAGGAGGGCUACGUUGGUGAGGACUGCAGCCAGCGGCAGUGUCUGAAUGCCUGCAGUGGGCGAGGACACUGUGAGGAGGGGCUCUGCAUCUGUGAAGAGGGCUACCAGGGCCCUGACUGCUCAGCAGUUGCCCCUCCAGAGGACUUGCGAGUGGCUGGUAUCAGCGACAGGUCCAUUGAGCUGGAAUGGGACGGGCCGAUGGCAGUGACGGAAUAUGUGAUCUCUUACCAGCCGACGGCCCUGGGGGGCCUCCAGCUCCAGCAGCGGGUGCCUGGAGAUUGGAGUGGUAUCAUCAUCACGGAGCUGGAGCCAGGUCUCACCUACAACAUCAGCGUCUACGCUGUCAUUAGCAACAUCCUCAGCCUUCCCAUCACUGCCAAGGUGGCCACCCAUCUCUCCACUCCUCAAGGGCUACAAUUUAAGACGAUCACAGAGACCACCGUGGAGGUGCAGUGGGAGCCCUUCUCAUUUUCCUUCGAUGGGUGGGAAAUCAGCUUCAUUCCAAAGAACAAUGAAGGAGGAGUGAUUGCUCAGGUCCCCAGCGAUGUUACAUCCUUUAACCAGACGGGGCUAAAGCCUGGGGAGGAAUACAUUGUCAAUGUGGUGGCUCUGAAAGAACAAGCCCGGAGCCCCCCUACCUCGGCCAGCGUCUCCACAGUCAUUGACGGCCCCACGCAGAUCCUGGUUCGAGAUGUCUCCGACACCGUGGCUUUUGUGGAGUGGAUCCCCCCUCGAGCCAAAGUCGAUUUCAUUCUCUUGAAAUACGGCCUGGUGGGCGGGGAAGGCGGGAGGACCACCUUCCGGCUGCAGCCUCCCCUGAGCCAAUACUCGGUGCAGGCCCUGCGGCCCGGCUCCCGCUACGAGGUGUCAGUCAGCGCCGUCCGCGGGACCAACGAGAGCGAUUCUGCCACCACUCAGUUCACGACAGAGAUCGAUGCCCCUAAGAACUUGCGGGUUGGUUCUCGCACAGCAACCAGCCUUGACCUCGAGUGGGAUAACAGCGAGGCCGAAGUUCAGGAGUACAAGGUUGUAUACAGCACCCUGGCGGGUGAGCAGUAUCACGAGGUACUGAUCCCCAAGGGCAUUGGUCCAACCACCAGGGCCACCCUGACAGAUCUGGUACCUGGCACUGAGUAUGGAGUUGGAAUAUCUGCCAUCAUGAACUCACAGCAAAGUGUGCCAGCCACCAUGAAUGCCAGGACUGAACUUGACAGUCCCCGAGACCUCAUGGUGACAGCCUCCUCGGAGACCUCCAUCUCCCUCAUCUGGACCAAGGCCAGUGGCCCCAUUGACCACUACCGAAUCACCUUUACCCCAUCCUCUGGGAUUGCCUCGGAAGUCACUGUACCCAAGGACAGGACCUCAUACACACUGACAGAUCUAGAGCCUGGGGCAGAGUACAUCAUUUCCAUCACCGCUGAGAGGGGUCGGCAGCAGAGCUUGGAGUCCACUGUGGAUGCUUUCACAGGCUUCCGUCCCAUAUCACAUCUGCACUUUUCUCACGUGACCUCCUCCAGUGUGAACAUCACUUGGAGUGACCCAUCUCCCCCAGCAGACAGACUCAUUCUGAACUACAGCCCCAGGGAUGAGGAGGAAGAGAUGACAGAGGUCUCCCUGGAUGCCACCAAGAGGCAUGCUGUCCUGAUGGGCCUGCAGCCGGCCACAGAGUAUAUUGUGAACCUUGUGGCUGUCCAUGGCACAGUGACCUCUGAGCCCAUUGUGGGCUCCAUCACCACAGGAAUUGAUCCCCCCAAAGAUAUCACAAUUAGCAAUGUGACCAAGGACUCAGUGAUGGUCUCCUGGAGCCCUCCUGUUGCAUCUUUUGAUUACUACCGAGUAUCAUAUCGACCCACUCAAGUGGGACGACUAGACAGCUCAGUGGUGCCCAACACUGUGACAGAAUUCACUAUCACCAGACUAUAUCCAGCUACUGAAUACGAAAUCAGCCUCAACAGCGUGCGGGGCAGGGAGGAAAGUGAGCGCAUCUGCACUCUCGUGCACACAGCCAUGGACAACCCUGUGGAUCUGAUUGCUACCAACAUCACUCCAACAGAAGCCCUGCUGCAGUGGAAGGCGCCAGUGGGUGAGGUGGAGAACUAUGUCAUUGUCCUCACACACUUCACAGUUGCUGGAGAGACCAUCCUGGUUGAUGGAGUCAGUGAGGAAUUCCAGCUUGUUGACCUGCUUCCUAGUACCCACUAUACCGCCACCAUGUAUGCCACCAAUGGGCCUCUCACCAGUGGCACCAUCAGCACCAACUUUUCUACUCUCCUGGACCCUCCGGCAAACCUGACAGCCAGUGAAGUCACCAGACAAAGUGCCCUGAUCUCCUGGCAGCCUCCCAGGGCAGAGAUUGAAAAUUAUGUCUUGACCUACAAAUCUACCGAUGGAAGCCGCAAGGAGCUGAUUGUGGAUGCAGAAGACACCUGGAUUCGACUGGAGGGCCUGCUGGAGAACACAGACUACAUGGUGCUUCUGCAGGCAGCACAGGACACCGCGUGGAGCAGCAUCACCUCCACCACCUUCACCACAGGGGGCCGGGUGUUCCCUCAUCCUCAAGACUGUGCCCAGCAUUUGAUGAAUGGAGACACUCUGAGUGGGGUUUACACCAUCUUCCUCAAUGGGGAGCUGAGCCAAAAGUUACAAGUGUACUGUGACAUGACCACCGACGGGGGCGGCUGGAUUGUAUUUCAGAGGCGGCAAAAUGGCCUAACUGAUUUUUUCCGGAAAUGGGCUGAUUACCGUGUUGGCUUCGGGAACCUGGAGGAUGAGUUCUGGCUGGGUUAUUUAGUGCCUUAUAUGUCUCAUGUCAUCAGAGAUGCCAUCCACACUGGGAAACACUGUUCUAAACUAUGAGCUGCUGAAAAGAAGGCCACAGAUAUUCAGAGAAGGAAGAGACCAGCUUCAUGGAGAAGGCAUUGAGGGAUGAGUCAGUCAGAAGAAUGGAGGAAGAAAAGGGAUGAAAAGGAGGGAAGGCAGGAAUUCUUUUGACAACUACAAACUGAGGCCAGGGAGGAAACCCAUCCACUGAGAGGAAAGGUGCAAGUGAGGGAAAGAAAACGAUGAGGUGAGUGGGUUGAAUAAAGGCACAGCAUGGAACUUAAAAAUCUCAAAGAGAAGUCUUGACUUGAUGAUGUAGGUAAGAGGGAGACAGGGAGGGUUCUUGCAGAGGCAAGGCCUGGUGCGGUGCAGUUUGGCAGCAAUACUCAGGUUGGGGAUAACACUAUGACCCAUAGUUUAUGUCUUAUAUGGGGUUCUACAGAAGCAGAGACUGAAACAGGAAUUCUUGUUCAAGUGAUUUACUUGGGGAGUUCAUUGGGGAGAAGGGGAAUGGGGGAAGCAAAAUAGGCCGGAGAAAGCUGCAAAAAUGUGGUUUUGGCUGGAGACUCACUUCAGUGUGAUCCCUAGGGAAGCUCGGGAGCAUGAAUUGCUCCUCAGAGCUGGCUACCACUUAGGCAAGGAAGCCAAGCUUUUGUACCCCUCCACAUUAGUCAUUGAUGAAGGUCUGCUACAAGGCAUGAGGGGAGAGAGCUUCACUUCCAGGAUGAAGUGAUUCCCAUUUGGUCAAGGGCAAUUUUCCAAGAAGAAGGUGGCUGCAAGUUGCUAACAGACAAUGCUUGUAGCAGCUCCGCAGCUGUCAGGUGGAUCUGACAAUUAAAGACAUCCGGCAGGGCACCAUCAGAAUCUACUACAUCUGCACAGGCACAAGUCCAGGCUGGGUUGUGGGUCAGCAACUCAGCCAACAGCAAACGGCAGUCAAAUAGCCUUCGACUUACAAUCAAGGCAAAGCUCUAAACCUCAAAUGGGACAGGAAAGCCAAAACACCUGGAUGGCCUUCAGCCAAUCAUUUCAUCUCUGUUGGACUUCAGUUUCCUCUUCUGCGAAACAGACUGGCCUGAGUCCCCACUAAAUUCCCUACAGUCUCUGCAAAUUGUUUGAUUCUAAGUCACGGCGUACUCAAAUAGAUAUCAGAUGUCACAGCAAAGCAAGGUGACCCUACUUCAGUAAGCAGAUAGAAAUCAGGAGGGCUCAGAGAGAUUACCAGCAACACAGGGUGAAUGGUCCAAAGUUUGGGCAGGUAGAUCAAAAUUGGAGAGUCCCAGGGCAUGGCCAACCAGGACAAACAAGCAAGAAAAUGUAUGUAAGAAAAUAUCACCAAGGAGGGAUCUGGACUCUGCCUAACCUGUGAACUUACAAAGGUUUGCGCCUUACAAAAAUCUAUUAGACCAAGGCCUGGGAAGCUUAGAAACAAAGGAGGAAGCAGAUGAAUGAGGGUAACUGGCCGAAAAUACCAGUGGAAAGGUCACAGUGCAAAUGUAGCAGGCAGAUUAGAGAGAAAGGGAAUGGAGACAUAUUCUAUGACCGGGCUAUGGAGCCCCAGGAGGCCUGGAGGCCGAAGGCAGGAGACGCAGUGUCGGGAAAAGUGGACAGAGCCCUUCCUGCAGGCUAAUAGGAGAUGUCCCAGAGGCUCUGAACUCCUCUAAUUAGUGUUCCAUCUCUUACUUUCGAUCACUCACACCCAAGGACUCACACCCAUGUAAUACCUCUUGUAAUUUUCUUCCAGUACCAUGAUUUGGCAGAGGAGGUGACAGGGGACAGGGCCAGGAAUCUUGAGGCUCAGGGUUUGUCAGUUACUGACUCAAGAGGAGGUAUUAGGACCCCUGAGUUUCCCAUGUUGGGAACUCAUCAGCAGAGCUGGGCCGGCCUCUUUGCAAGAAGAAAUUCAGUCUGCCGGGGUCCAUUUGGUAAUAAACUGUGAAGCACCAAGGCCAAAAGCAAUCUGGAGUCCCCUCCUCUUCCCUGUAAUAUGUUUUGAGGCCACAGAUGCAUUUACCUCCCAUUUUCCAAAGCUGCUGGGGGCCAGUCUCAGCGCAUUUUCUGC